AUGGUUUCAAGCAUAGGCCCACAUAUGCCACCCGAAAAAUGGCCCUAUUUUGAUGUCUGUCUAAAAGAAUCGGGAGCUUCAGCUGACGAUUUUAAAGAACGUCCCUUUAAGACUACUCAUGAAAUCAUUUGUUUCUUUAAAUGUGCCUAUGACAAAGUAGGAGCAAUCGAUAAAGAUGGGAAAAUUAAACCUGAUGUACUCAUUAAACAAAUUAAGGAACGCAUGGAGCUUAGUGCGGAUGUAGAAAAGUCUACUCUCGAUUGUUUAGGGAAAGUUCCUAAAAUUAGUGUUUGUGAAGACAUUAAAGAGAUACAUGAAUGCUUGAAGGUUCUUAAACAUUAA